CCUCUGUUGAUUGACAGUUGUCUGGCCUAACAGCAGAAGCUUCCCAAUAAACUGCACUCAUUCAAUAUUCCAAUCAAAUGCAGUGCUAUAAGGUUUGGUUUGUGAAACCUACCUAAUGUCACAGAAGUUGAUAAUAAAUGUUUACCUUUGCAACAACUGGGUAUAAUAAGCUACGGAUUCUGGCUAGCACAGGACAUUGUUUCCUACCUGGAUAUAAUUUACUUACUUAUUUGAAACAGAAAUCUUGCCUACACCAUGCCACAGACAAGAUAUAGCAGUCUACAGGCCUCUUUUUAAUUGAUCACUCCUCAUCAAUCUUGAGCAAGGAAGCAAAUUUAGCUACAAUUGAUUUUAAAGAAAAGUUAAAACUAAAUUUGAUUAGACUAGGAAGGAUGGAUCAAAACAAGAGGUAGUUUGAGACAGAUAACAAGCAAGGUCAAGGUCAACUGUCAGUGCUGAAUUUGUGAGACACCAAAAAUUAUCCUUAGUUUAUCUGAAACUGAAAAAUGACAGACAACUGGAUGCUACCAAAUUUGACUAUGGAUUUCUCCAUCUCCCCUGGAAAUGAAUCCUGGAAUAUUUCGAACUGGCCUAUGGAUUUACACUUUCAGAAAUCUGACUUUGAGAUGCCUAAUCUUCUCCGUGAUAAGGGCUGGCGGAUCUUCAUAAUAAUUCUAUUUGGAGCUGUCAUCUUCCUGGGGGUUAUAGAGAAUUUGAUGGUGAUUAUAGUGAUCAUUAUCAACAAAAGACUUCACACUGUCACAAAUAUCUUUAUAUCCACACUGGCAUUCUCUGACAUAAUGCUCUGUGCAUUUAAUCUGCCAUUCCAAUUGCAUUAUGGGUUGACCGAUUACUGGUCAUUUGGGCCAGUUUUGUGCCAGAUUAUUAUUCCAAUGUUUGCUGUUCCAGUUUUUAUGUCCACCCUUGCUAUGCUUAUGAUUGCUGUUGAAAGAUACAUUCUGAUUGUGUUUCCAUUUCGCAAGCGACUGACUAUAGAAAUGGCCAUGAUAAUUGUAUUCUUUAUAAUAAUUUUUUCUGUGCUGUGCUCCAUUCCAAUCAUUCUUCAUACAGAACAAAGUCAAGAAGUGAUUGACCUUCGACCCUUCAUUCAUGACAUCAUCGAAAAAAGUUUCUGCAUUGAAAACUGGAAGUGGAAAACGAGUCAAGCAUACACAAUGUUUGUAUUUGUUCUACAGUUCUUCAUACCGUAUGUCAUCAUUUCUGUGCUUUAUUUCCAAAUUUACAAGGUUCUGAAAAAACGUCCAAUCAAACGAAAGGAAACUCGCAAGAACUAUCAAACAACAAGAAUUCUAAUAGCAAUCACAACAACAUUCACAAUUUCAUGGUUGCCUUUUCAAAUUUUCAGCAUACUUUCAUACUUUUGUCCAGACAUUAGCACCCAACUUGGAUCUGCAUACAAAUUAACCGAUUUGAUUCUGAAAAUCAUUGCAAUGAGUUCAGGCUGUGUCAACCCUUUUUUGUACGGCUGGUUGAAUGACAAAUUCCGACAGGAGUUUGGAACAAUGUUAGGAAAACGAAUGAAGAAGAUGCAAGUAAGCAGGAAUGGCUACUUUCGAACUUCAGGCCAUACCUCAGUUGAUUACCGUUCUGAAAGGCACUGUGUGACAGAAAAUCUCUGAUUUGAUUUUGAAUUACAUUCUGUGGGCGUUAUAAUUAUGAUAGCUCCUGAUGAGAAUGUAGGCACUUCACUUUAUACAAUGCUGUACAUGAGUUGAAUACUGUCACAAUAAUUUGUUCAUAAACAUAGCUAAAAUCA